AUGUUGGUGGGAACGUCAGCGGCGGCGGUGGUGGUGAAGGUAAUCGCGGAAGUCGCGGUGAUGGGCUACGUGGCGGUGGGGGUGGGGGUGGCGGCCGUGACGUUGGAGGCCGUGGUGGGCGUGGCGAUGGGGGCCGUGGCGGCGGUGGUCGCGACGGCGAUGGUGGUGGGCGUGGCGGCCGUGGUGAUGGGGGCCGUGGUGGCGGUGGUGGGGCCGGCGAUGGUGGUGGGCGUGGUGGCCGUGGCGAUGGGGGCCAUGGCGACGGUGGCCGUGGCGAUGGAGGUAGGCGUGGCGGCCGUGGCGAUGGGGGCCGUGGCGGCGGUGGUGGGGCCGGCGAUGGUGGUGGGCGUGGUGGCCGUGGCGAUGGGGGCCGUGGCGGCGGUGGUGGGGCCGGCGAUGGUGGUGGGCGUGGUGGCCGUGGCGAUGGGGGCCGUGGUGGCGGUGGCGGGGCCGGCGAUGGUGGUGGGCGUGGUGGCCGUGGCGAUGGGGGCCAUGGCGACGGUGGCCGUGGCGAUGGUGGUGGGUGUGGCGGCCGCGAUAAACGUGGCCGUGGCGUAUCAGAGGUCAGCGGCACAACGCGUCAGCGGCACGAAGCUUCAGCGGCAGGUCAGCAGACCCGAGGGGAUCAUGGUUUUAACAGAGGUCCCUACAUAG